AUGACAGUUCGAUAUAUUACAGUUAAAAUACUUUUUCAUCUUUCUCAAUCAUAUCUUAUUCCAUAUAAACAAAUUCAAACUAUAUUGAAUGAACUUAUGUUAGAUUUUACUUCAAAUGAAGAUCUAUGGUUAAUUAAAGAGCAACAUGGUACCUGGGCAGAAUGUGAAUAUUACUAUGCUGGUUCAUUGAAAGAUGUUAUUUAUUCACUUCUGAUCCAAUAUGUUACUGGACAUGCAGGUAACAAUGUUCAAAGAAAUGAAUUCAAUGAUAUUGAUUUAGAUUUCAUUGAAUCUGAAAAAGCAUCUCGCUUUGCUUCAUGUAUCUAUAAGAAAAAAAUUGAAGACACCACGGAAUAA